AUGUAUAGUCCAGCCUUCUUUGGUGCAGAUGAAUCUUUGAACGCAUUCAACGACUUGAAGUUGGGCAAGAAGUACAAGUUUAUCUUGUACGGAUUGAACGACAACAAGACAGAAAUCGUUGUUAAAGAAACCUCUGCAGACCAAGAUUACGACGCGUUCUUGGAAAAGUUGCCUGAAAAUGAUUGUCUAUACGCUAUUUACGAUUUUGAAUAUGACUUGGGAAACAACGAGGGUAAGAGAUCAAAGAUUGUCUUCUUUACUUGGUCUCCAGAUAAUGCACCAGUUAGAAGCAAGAUGGUCUACGCUUCUUCCAAGGAUGCUUUGAGAAGGGCUCUAAACGGUGUCUCUUCCGAUAUCCAAGGUACUGACUUCUCUGAAGUUGCCUAUGAAUCCGUUUUGGAAAAAGUUAGCAGAGGUGCUGGCUCUCACUAA